AAAGUCCUUUCCGUUAACCGUUGUUCUCCGCAUUUGCUCGUCACUGCUCGCCGAUUCCGUAUGGCCAAGCUAAGGAGCAUAUUCAAGAAACACCUGAUCCCGAACCUGGAAAGCAAGUGCCGACUAUGCCUCUCGGAUAAAGCCAUCGUGCAUUCGAUCUUCCAGUCGGACAGCAGCAAGGAAGCAACUGACACGCUGGUGGAGAAAAUUUUCGAAUGCACUGCGAUUAUGCUUUCGAAAGACUACGACUAUCCUUCGCCAAUCUGCGAAGACUGUGCGCUGAAGCUGGACGAAUUUUUGCUCUUCCGAGCCAAGUGCCUGCGCAGCAACGAAAUCUAUCGAUUCAAUCGCCUCCACAAGCAGCGAUUUCUGUUUGGCAGUGGGCGCCAGAAUCAACCGGCCACCGCUGACCCAAAAUCGCCAGUCGAUGUCGAGGAAGGUACCAAAGAGCAGGACACGAGCGCACCGGCAGUGGAAGAACGUUGUGCUGAUGACACUGAAAUUGUGGUGCGCCACACGGUGCCCUUGGCGACCAUCUGUGAAGCAAGCGGUUCCAGCAGUUCUGACAGUCGCACGGUUAUAGAAACGGAGCAGCGGCAAGCAGUGGAAAUGCUCGGAACUGCAUCUAGUACGGAAGCCCACAGGCUGGAGGAUCGGAUUGAAAUGACUGAUAGCAAGGACCAUCCAGCGACGGUAGCGAAGGACGAACCAGAAGACCGACUGUUGGGCCACGGACCCCCGGACACCGAUGGAAGCAACUGUAGCAGUAGACUGUCCCCUGCGCCAGUGGUGUUGGUUAUCGACGAAACGGAUACAAACACUACCAGCGAAGAGGUAGACACCAUUCCACUGUCCGAGACGAGAGCUCUUCCAACCGACGAUGAACCGCAGAACUGUCUCGAAGGUAUACGAUUCCCGGUCGAAACGGUCGAACAGUUGGACCGACUGGAGCGGCUGGUCAGAACGUGCGACUUUGCUCGAGAACGUUACAUAAAUUUACUCAGACAGCUUAAAACACCUCAUACCUCGCUCAGUGAAACAUAUCAACAAUUGUUCGCGGAUCGGUUGCUGAUUCACUACAAUUACGAUGGCAUCUCGCCAAAAUACAACAAGCGACCACUGAAAACGCUGACCCUGUUUACUGACUGUAUGGCGGCGGCCUGGGAGGACCAUAUGGACAUCGGUAAAGUUAAGGAGGCUGUGAUUGAGGCUGUGAGAAAGUCGCAUAAUCGCUACAAUCAAUACAAUCAUCGAAAGCGUGCUAACUACGAAUGGUUAUAG